AUGGGGGAGGGGGAGGAGAAGGAGAAAGCCAUAGUCGAAUGUUUACCUUCCCCAGGAGAAAGGGAGAGAGAGAGAGAGAGAGGGAGACGCAAAGCUACACAAAGUGUUGAGUCACUUACAGACAGUCACUCGAGAGCAACAACUCUUAUAAAAAAAAGAUGUCGUCGGCGUUAUUUGGAGGCAGUGCCCGGUCUUCCAGUAAAAAUCUGGUUGAGUUUAGGGCUGGGAAGAUGUACACUAAAGGUCAAAUGGUCCAUCCAGACAAGCGGAAGGGGCAGGUGUACUUGUACCAGGCAGAUGAUUCACUUAUGCACUUUUGCUGGAAGGACAGGACUACGGGAACAGUUGAAGAAGACCUAAUAAUCUUCCCUGAUGACUGUGAAUACAAACGAGUACCUCAGUGCACCACUGGAAGAGUUUAUGUCUUGAAAUUUAAGUCUUCAAGUAGAAAACUCUUUUUCUGGAUGCAGGAACCAAAAACAGACAAAGAUGAAGAGCAUUCACGUAAAGUGAAUGAGCUCAUCAACAAUCCCCCAGCCCCAGGAUCUCAGAGAUCAACUGGGUCGACCCCCAACCAAGUUUUGAGCAAUGACAUAUCUAACCUCAGGGACUCGGACAUCCAGAAUUUAUUUGGCAACAUCAGCCAGCAGCAGUUGAUGCAAAUAUUAGGUAGUGGAAUGUCCAGUUUAGCCAAUCUGCUUGGACCCGGAUCGGGUGGAAGUGGUGGUGGUGGUGGUGGUCACGGUAGCAGCGGUAGCAAUAGCACCUCGGCGACAACCACGGCCUCAACCACUCCUGCAGCUACCACCACCCCAACACCAGCCCCUACUCCCGCCCAGGAUUCCACCCGUGCCGGGAGUGGUAACGAGAGCAGCAGCACUACGCCAGCUCCAGGCAGUGUUCAUCCUAUCCAGCUUUCUGAUUUGCAGAAUAUUCUCUCAGGAAUCUCUGUACCUCCAGAUGCAUCGGGUUCUCCUAGAUUACCAGUGGACCUCAGCUCAGCCAUGACUGCAGAGGCCCUUCAACCUAUUUUAACAAAUGAAAACUUUGUGAAUGCCCUCAAACCAUACCUACCUGCCACUGCUGACGAACUUCCUCCAACCGAGCAGCUGCGUGGAACGGUGACCUCUCCCCAGUUCCAGCAGGCUGUUAGUUUAUUCAGCAGUGCAUUACAGUCUGGCCAGUUGGGGCCUCUCAUUAAUCAGUUUGGUUUAGGUGAAGAUGCUGUCUUAGCUGCUUCAUCUUGCGAUAUGGAAGCAUUCAUCAAGGCAUUGGGGAAGAAGAAAAGCAGUGAUGAAGGCAGCAAGAAAGAGGAAGAAAAAAAGAAAGCUGAUAAGGACACAGAUCAAGACAAAGAUGAGGACGAUUCCAUGUCUGUCGAUUAAGAUGGCAUAUUUUUCAAAAGGCUUUUAAUAUUUAAACUAAGGAAAUAGGAUUUUGGUAAAAUAUCUAAAAAAUACUGCUGCAUGUUUUGUAUUAGAAUUAAUUUUCAGUCUUGUUUGAGUUUCUAAGAAUAUGAUCUAUGCAUAUAGUACAGAGUUGCACAUUUUUUAAGCCACCACCAUGGUUACGUUGUGGGUUAAAUUUCUUGUCACGAAAGUGAGAACAGCAGCUCUUACACUGAUUCAUUACUUUUUAUAUACAUUUCAGGAUUUGGCUGCACCAAUCCUUGAGAAAUAAUUUAUGAUUGAUAAAAAUAAUCUUAGUUGUUAUUGUUUAUAUUUUGUAGCUUUUAUGUUACUCCCUAGGGAGUACAGUAUUGGAAUUGUUGCCAUAGUUUCUCAGUUUUGAUGUUAAAAUCUAUUGUCUUUCUACUCUUGAUCAUAAAAUUUAAGUAGUAAUGAA